AUGAUCUUGCCUCUCGAUCUCCCGGACCGAAGUUUCUCAAACGCCGCCACGACGUCUUUGAAUCUCUCCAUAUGGAACCGAACCUUCUACGGAUACGUGUUGGCUCUACCCGUCGAUACCGAGAUCGCUCGAGUACGAGGUGCAUACGGAUACCAAUUCCCCAAAUGGCUCGCCAACAUCAAUCUGGGGAUGGACGAUCACAACAUCAAGGCCGACAUCACCGCGACCAAUGGGACACCCGAUCUGACGCUGGACGUACCCCUUCCGGCUCUGAAGACCAUCCCGUCCCGAUCCUUGGGACCGUUCUACAGACACCUCGAGGAUGACGAAAUCACCAUCGACCUCCCUCAGCCAGGAAAAGUGGCCACCCUACCUAUUCUGGCGCAAAUGAGCUCCAUUGGCGUCUUUUCAUGGUACUGCAUCUGUAUCAAACCGCCCAAAUCCUACGACGUCAGUGACAUGACCGUCACGGCUUCGGCCCUGGCAGACGACCUAGACGCAUUGCCCACCGCUGCAAUUGCCCUUCUCGUCUCAGGAAGGAGUUCACAGACCGGAGAGAAGUCCGUGUAUGGCUACUACAUACCUGAUCCUGAAUUCGAGAUACGCUUUUCGUGGAAUACCACCCGACCUGGUCGUGAGCUGGAUGGAGGCGAACUGGUCUUUGGGGAGAAGAGGAAUGGUGUUGCACUAGUGCUGCAGCAGGACUUGAAGAGGGCGAUUGUGUCUCACAGUGUCUCUGGACAACAUGAGCCGGUGUAUCCUGCUACUGCCUGGAGAGGGGACUGGCGGAUCGAGAUCGAGGUGGAGGAUAUUGAGGUAUGGACUGAGCGGCAACCUGAAUAUGGCGAUAAAGAGGAAGAGGCAUAA